UUCAGGAGCAAGAAGACAACUCUCUUUCCAAUGAGCAAAAUUCGAUUUGCUUGGUGCCAAUGAAUGAUGGAGAAGAAUCGUCAACAGGACUUAUUACUUCCAGUAAGCAAUUACCCGGUUAUACAGUAACCGCAGUACCUUCCAACUGGAAUAUACCAGGUGACCGGCAUUCUCGAGUGGUGGAAGUAGCAGAUACAUUUAUUGGGUCGAGCAGAUCGUCUUCCUCCUACAAUGACACGUACUUACAACGCUUUUUUGGACGGGUCACAAUCGAAGAAGUGCUAGAUUCCAUCUUUCAGCGUACAAAACCGUCAUCAUCAAGGCUUGAAACAAGUCUCUCAGAAGAUGAAAUUAUCGAGGAUGGACAAUUGCAAAAGUCCGGAAUCUAUGUUAGAAGUAAUGAACUGAUGCAGCAAUUAGUGCGAGAUCCACAUGAAGCUGAAGCUCUUCUUCAGAACGAACGACUGUAUGUACGAUGUGCUCGAUGUCAUCAAACGAGAGAAUUAGCAGAAGCUCGAAUGCGAUACAUAUCAUGCAAACACUGCUACACAUAUUACUGUAGUCGUCAAUGUCGCGAAUACGACUGGUCAAAGCACCGUGAAGUUUGCUCCUUUUCAAGGAUUAAUACUCUUUGCAAGGAAGUUAUCAUGAAGGUACGCAGAGAUCCGGAAGCUCAGUUUUACAUGUCAAAGAUAGCACGUGAUGGUUAUUCAGCACUCGGUCGCGGUUCUGUUAAUUUGAGGAUAAAUUCGGCACACACCGCACAAAGUUAUAUUACGGAUGGCUGGCGAGCAGUAGAAAAUUUCCCACUCAGCAAAUUACUGCAUUAUUACACCAUUGCAGCACUAAUUGCGGAACGAAAGGAACCAUCCUUAAUUACUUUGUGUCGUCAAUAUAAUCCAACUGAUAAAUUCAUCCUUAGUGUGAGCAUCAUUGCUGACAUUGAGCAGUGUCCGCAGACGCCACCACCUGAACCAGUAGUUAUCCGGAGAACUUUACCACUAUCGCAAUAUGCACGACAAUCAUCACUGUCCCCACAACAACUUGCUGAACAAGAAAAUAUUGAUUUUAUACAAUCCGACGAAUUCCGUUCCGCGGUGCCGACUGAAGUUUAGCAAGAGGAACAGUGAAGACUAAAGCCAUACAUGCGUAUACAACACAUUUGAAUGAACGACAGGUUUCGACAGGUUCAUAAGGUCCAAAGGAAACAAAAAAAAGUCGAUCUCAUCGCAUAUACUGAUUACCGUUCAUGACCUUAAACACACUAACCUUUGAAAUGCUCACAACUCCUAAUUAUAAUUCACUUUUACUUGUUAUUUCAUCCGGUUCGAAUUAACGCCUAACAUUGUCAUUUUCACAAACGUGAUAUCUUUUCUUACUUUUGACUAAAUGCGAUGCUAACUGUCGCUUUCUUUCGUCUACGUUUUUCUCUCCAGAAGUUAUUUUUGUCGUUGCAUAACGAAAAAAGGAACAAUUUACAAUGAAUCAUUUUCACAUGAAAUAAUAAUAUGAUGAUAUGAU